CCACGCGCAACACAUGUAAACGCGUCAUAACUCAUGUCACUUUGUGUGGAUCGUCAGCGCUCAAGUCUUGUAGGAGUAGUUGUGGGCCCCUUCUUGAGCGAGCCCCGCUGCCGCGAAUGCAGUACUUGUCUCCUCGCCCAUGUUGCUGUGCUCUGUUGAAGCAUGCAGGACGGCCAUCGCUUUCUUGGAGACCAUCUUGGCAUGUCACGACGAUCUUUGAAAUUAGAAACUCUUCAUCUGUCACGCCGAGCAAUUCACAGUCCGUUGCAGUCAAAUUGCAAGCGUGCGGUUUGAUGAAGAAGUCAGAUUUUCAGACACCCACGCGGUCCAAUGUGUUGGGCACCUUGGAUGAAGAACUGCGUCGCUUUCAAACAAAUGUUCAGAACUUACGCGCAGAUGUCGGACAUGUUGAGCUCGAUUUGGGCGCGAAGGCUUUGGUUGACACCACGCAGGGAGAGCACGAAAACGAAAAAGCGUUCGAAGAGUCUCUCAUGCGUGCCCUCAGCUCUGUUCUCAAAUUGACUUACAACCCCAAGGAAAAGUCAAUCACGCUGAUUGAUGACCAUGUGAGAAUUGUGAGGGUUGAGAUCUGUCAGCAAGUUACAACUGCAAAGCUGGGUUUGCAAGAGUUGCCGGUGCCCCUAGUGCGAAGCCCACUGCCAGCACGGACUUGUCAAUAAUUAUGAGUUGUAACGAUCGGAAGGCUUUGGUGGCCGUUGUUGAGCUCAAGGUGGCGGGUGGAGAAGGUCAAGAGCAGGCUCUUCUCCAAACAUUAGCGUAUGUUUUUGGCUUACAGAUUCCCUGCCUGGAGAAGAUGUGCGUGGACUAUGAUCAUGUUCUUACUGCUGUUGUGUUUGGCAAGAAGAGUGUGGAGCAAGCUCCGAGUUUCUUGGUGGAGGUCACAAAGCCCGACUUGUUUCAUGAAUGGUCUUAUUGCUGUCCUAUUGUUGUUCGAGAAGAUGCUCAGCAGGCGGCUGCGAUUGUCGUCCGCGUGCUUGCUCAAGGGCUUGAAAGAGCACUAACUUGCGUGAGCGCGAAACAAGCGCGCCAUGCGAAUCCGGUCAUGUCAGCCUCCACCACUCAGAUCGGAAUGGUACCAGUUGGGUGGAAGUUGCAGUUGUUGGGAACGCCAAUUCUGCAUUUCUUUGGGGACGGUGUGCAGAUCAACCAGGGAGUCUUGUUCAGCGCUGCUCUUGAUGAUGCCCAAAAGUUGGUCAACUACGUCUCGGAUAACUUUCAGCUUGCCGCGCUUCUCAGCAACAUUAAUAGUACGAUGAAACCUGAUGCUUGCAUGAUCAAGUUUCGGUGUCCUUUGCAUCGUCGUCUAAUCUCUGCAGACAAAUUCGGAAGAGCACAUGAGAGAUUGGGUUUGUCUCCAGAGACUUGCGACUUGUUUCCAUAUUUCCUUUACAGUUGCGAGGUCAAUGGUGUUACCGUCGCCAUCACGAAACGAUUGGAGUACACACCCCUGACGCCGGAAGCGUUGGCCGAAAACCCAAUGAUGCUGGUAAAUGUAAUUGACCAAAUCAGCGGUCUUCUAAACAUUAGGCUCACGCAUUGCGACAUACGAUUCCCCAACAUAUGUUUGCAUGGAAGCAAGGCAGUGCUGCUCGAUUUAGAGAGCUUGACGGAUCAACCGCCUUCUCGGUUACAUUACCCGAGAUCGAUGUACUUCACGUACCCGAAUGGCAGCGCCGAUCGUGCUGGCACUGCUGCAUGGCAGCUGAGUGUGUUGUUGUAUAAGGCGCAUGCUGUUCCUAGCAGUAAGGAUAUUGACAUGAAUCAAUUUCAAGAUUGGUUGAAGGCGCACAGUUGCCGCGUGCCCCUGUUUGCCGUGGCUUUAGAUGCUGAGCAGAGCUUGGCGCUUAAGGGUGAUUUUAGGCAGACAGCAUUGCACAGCCUCUCUGAGCUUCGCACCUUCAACCUUUUGACUUGUUAACUUGUCUUUGAGGUUGUGGAAAAGCGGUCAAAAGCCCCUAUCCUCACUCAUGUUCAUGC